AUGGAAAUUUGCUCAUCUAAACUUAAUUGGUUGAUACACAUUAAGAAAUUAUUUCAAAAAGAUAGUGUUCUCAACAUUACUGAUCUCAUUAAUUAAUUAAAAGAUGAAACAAUCUUAGAUAUCUCAAAUCCAUAAGAGGAAUUGUUCUCUUUAGAUGAAGUUAUUGAAGAAGUCUAUAAAUUCAAGAAAAAGCGAUUAAAUUAUGAUGAUUUCUUUUAAAUAAUUGGUAAUCUACAUUAAUAGGAUCAUUAAUAGUCAACUUGUGUGAACUCUUUAGCUGAUUCAAUUAAUGAUUUGAGUGACACUAAAGUUAAAUAAGAAAUCAGAAUAUCUUAUAAUGAUCCUACAAAACUAAUAAAAACAUAGUAAAGUUAUAAGGUUACAAGACUAUCAAAAAGUCCUCGAUUAAAAAUAGAAAACCUAUAAGAAGCAUAGAAGAAAUUAUUAGCUAAAAUCACUGAUAUAGAAAAUGAAAUAGAAUAUGUAUAUAUAGUAAAUAUAUUUCAAAGUAGAAAUAAUAGCAUUAAUUGAAGAAACCUCAUUAAUUGUUAAUUAAAGAAUUAACCAAAUAGUUAACGCAAAGUUCUGAUGAAAUUAUUUUAAAUGGGGUGCAAAAUUUCACUUUAUAAGACUUUUAUCUUGUGUUUCAUAAUCUUAAUAAAUCCAUUUUUAAUAUAAAGAUAUUGACAUUUUAAGAGAGAUCUCAAGAAAUAAGAGAAGUUGCUAUGAUAUUUAAAAAUUUACAAGCAUUAAGCAUAAAUAAUUUUUAAAUAAAAACAUUAAAAUUAGAAGAACUUAUAGAAUUAAAAGUUUUAUCUGUAGCUGGAAAUCAAUUAAAAAAUUUAGAAGGUUUACCUCCAAAUUUAAUAGAGCUUUAUGCAUAAAAUAAUUAAAUUUAAUAACUUUCAAACACAAAAUCUCUAAAAAUAUUUAAUAUAUCUGCAAAUAAUCUUUCAUAAUUGAAUCAAUUAACUCACAUAAAUAAAUCAUUAGAAUUUAUUAAUUGCAAUUAUAAUAUUUGUGCAAAUUCCAAAGAUUAUAAAAGAUUAUUAUUUAAAAUUUUUCCAAAUUUAAAAGGUGUUGACAAAGAAGAUUUAUUAUAACAUUCAACAAUACAAUAACCUGGUUUUCAUUAUAAUAAAGACAUUAUGGAUUUUUCCUUUAGUCAAUCCUGA